ACAAGUGUGGAGAUAAAAGCGUCGUUCUCGUUCAGGUUUUCUGGGUUUUUUUUUAUUUAAGCUAAUCCCCCCCCCUACCACAACACCGCUUCUAGCAUAAAGAAGAUUUUGGCAAAAGCGACGACAUAAACACGCAGCUGUGAUGGACAUCAUGAUUGCGGUGCAGGAUGCUUGUGUCUCUGGUCAGUGGCUUACUGCGAUCAUCCUCAGCCUGUGCUGUUUUCUGCCGUCCUGUUUGCCCGCUGGACAAACCGUGGACUAUUCCUCGGUGGAAAGUGUGGUGAGCAGACAAGGCGACACGGUGCUUCUGAGGUGCUACCUAUUGGACGGGAUCUCAAAAGGAGCCUGGCUGAACCGCUCGAGCAUCAUAUUCGCAGGGAACGACAAGUGGUCCGUGGACCCUCGAGUGUCCAUUGUGUCAAGUGUUGGUGACAAACACGAGUACAGCCUUCAGAUACAGAGAGUGGAUGUAACUGACGACGGCCAGUACACGUGUUCCAUUCAGAGUGAGCGCAACCCACGGCCAAAGCUCCUCAACCUUAUUGUGAAAGUUCCUCCCAAGAUAUAUGACAUUUCGUCUGACAUCACGGUAAACGAGGGCAGCAACGUGUCGCUCAUCUGUACAGCCAGCGGGAAACCUGAGCCAUCCAUUUCCUGGAGACACAUAACCCCAUUAGCCAAGAAGUAUGACAGUGGCGAAUAUCUUAACAUCACCAGCAUCACAAGGGACCAGGCUGGAGACUAUGAAUGCAGCGCUUUAAAUGACAUCGCCUCUCCUGACAGCAAAACAGUAAAAGUCACAGUCAACUUUGCUCCAACUAUCCAUGAAGUAAAAACCAACGAAGUUGGACUGGGGCGCACAGCUCUGCUAAGGUGUGAGGCGGCUGCUGUGCCGUUUCCAACGUUUGAGUGGUACAAGGGUGAGAAAAGGAUUAUCAAGGGUCAAGGCAUCGACAUCAAGAGCCUCAGCUCCAGAUCAGUCCUCGCCGUGACCAACAUGACAGAGGAUCGCUACGGGAACUACACAUGCGUCGCCACCAACAAGCUAGGGACUGCUAAUGCCAGUCUGACUCUCAUCCCGCCCAACACUGCACCCUAUGGGAGCAAAGGACACGCAGACGUCCCGCUGGCCUGCCGAUACCUGGUCCUGGCUCUCUCGUCCUUCAUCAGCGUGUACUAGGUCAGCCUGGACCUGGACACAAUGACUGUCGAGCAUUUAGGAAUCCUUUUUGACACUGCUGAUGGCCGGAAUCCAAUCUGGUACAGUUUCUUGAAAAGCCGUGAGGGGAAAAAUAAUAAGUUUACUUAUCACUUUAUGUGGGGAUUUAUUUUUUUCUUUGCUUCUUAGUAAAAGUUCUGUCAUGUAAAUACUAUGAUUUUUUUGAAUUAUUGCUAUUAUUAUUAUUAUAAUAUUGUUAUUAUUUCCUCCUGUUUUUUUAAUUUCCUGAUUGGAAAUCCCCCCGCGCGCGCUAGUGAAUCAGUGCUCACCCCCCAUCCCUGUUCCACCUCCAAUCAUAUCAAAAUCCUGCAUAACCUCCCAAAUGUGAUACUUUCAUGCCUCUCUCUCUCUCUCGGAGGCAACGGCGCAAAAUUGACAUUUCCCUUUUUGUACAUGGCUAAAAAAGAAGCAAUUGUGCCAGUGUGAAGAAUUACCAUACCAAUGUUGUAUUGAAUGUAUUAUGGGUUGUUCAACAAAGGGAAGACAUUUAGAGUCCUAACAAUACAAAUUCUGAUUAUGGAGUGUGCUUAAAAAAUACUGGGGGAAAAAAAACGGAGGAACAGAGGGGGGGGAAAAAGCAAUGUAACUUUAAAGGCAGGGCUUUUUCAGGGCCUGUGUUGUCAUGAUUACUCGAUAGAUGGAUAAACAGUGUUAAAGGUGUGUUUUGUUGUGUUCUGAAAUGGGUCCUUCAGUUACGAUGCCUGCCCAGCAGCUUCGAUCAGGCAGCCAUUCAAGUAGCAAAGUAUCCUGUAUUGUAUCUUUAUAUUUGAAUAUAGUAUAGGCUUUUGUUUUCAAGUGGGACCAGCUUUUCUGAUUUGACCAAGAACAGGAACACAGUUCACGACUUUGUACAGUGUAAAGGGAGGAACAUCGCUGCCCUAUGUUUACAUUUUUCUGGAUAAUAUAAGUGUUCAAGUUUAUUCUCCAUCCCCCUUUUCUUUUUCUUUUUUUUUUCUUACCAGUGAGUCCACAUACAGGAUGUGAAUGUCCAGACAAACUGUCGCAGCUGAGAAGAAAAAACAAACAAACAAACAAACAAAGCAGAGCCCCGGUUCACCCGUUUCAAGCUUUCCUCUUUAAGACGCACUUGUAUGAAACAAGCCACCUCGAGAAGGCAUUUGAGAAAGUGCUUUUCUUGUCUCUGAAAUUGCGGUGCGCUGACCGAUCACCUUUUGGCUCAGAAGCCACAGCUGCACACUGUAGGUUUGCACUCAGUUUUUUCGGCUUCAACGUUUGGCAUGACACGUAGAUCACUUCACGCUGCAUUUCUACAGCGCAGUAUUUCAUGUCUCUCAUUGCAUAAUCUUAAAUAUAUUACAUAUAGUCUGUGGUACAGUAAAUAUCCAAUAUAUACAUUGUACUUUUUUCAACAAAUAAUUGAAAUCUAGAGAGCCAAAGGCUCAAGAUUUCUGAUAAACACACACAAACUUGAUUAUUCAAUUAUUUCACCCCCUCGACGUUAAUCUAACUCCUUCUUGUGUCAAUUGCAAAAGCAAAGUGUUUACACAAGUGUCUAAAAUAGGGAGUUCAGAAUAAACUGAACCAUGAGGUUGUUUUAACAGGAGAAACUUUUCCAUCAAGUAUUAAAAAAACAAAACUGUCUUAUUGUUUACUUCACGACACGACAUUCAGCACAUUCAUCCUCAAGUAUCUUCAGUCCAUGGUGGAAACAGAGACACUGUACUGUAAUGCCUUAAUAGUACCACAGACAUUAAAGAGAAGAAAACUUCCAGAUGCUCUUAAAAAAAAAUAUGUACAACAUUUAUUUGAACCGUUCAAAUUUGAUAUACUGGUCAUCUUUUAAUCUAUGGCUCUGGAAGUUUCAAAUAAGCCAGUUGCAUCUAAUGGAAAAGCAGUAUUAGCUGUGCAGGCUAACCUGUUUGCAAGUCUUCUUUGGAUUUGGAUUGCUUUGCAUUUCGCCCCCCAAUCGCGGGACUUAACCGUACCUGAGCUCACGCAGUAUUUUCACAUGACCUUGUAACUGCAAACCUGAAGAGAAAUAGCCAUCGCAGUUAAAAGACUUAAAGCACAAACACUGUUAUUACACUGUUAUUACACUGUUAUUACUUUUACCUUUUUGUGGUGCUUUGUUUUUUUUUGUUUUUUUUAGGUCUGCUAAACAUUUCUCUCUUCUUCUUUUUUUUCUUUUAUUGUUUGUACUGAAAUUGUACUGGGAAAAAAAUAAUACUGCACCAUAUGAUCUUGUUUAAAUGUUAAAGUAUAAUGAAAAAUGGGUCAGAAAUAUAUUUAUUCUCUUCCUUUAUGAAAUCAAUGUAUAAAAGCUACAUUUGAAACAUGUAAAACUGAAUAUGUGACAUUUAUUUGAAUGAGGCUCAGUAUGGCAUAGUUUAUAAUGUUGUUGGGUUCAUUUUAGAUGCCAUAACUGUUGUUACUGAUUUUUGGAUUUUUUGAUUUUGUGUCAGAGUACAUAAAAAAAAAAAGAAAAACGAUGUUUGCAAUCAAAUUACCUACUUUUUUUUUUUGAAACAGAGAGAGUGUGAACCAAUAUAACAGUAUUAUAGAACAGAAUCAAUGUGUGUAUAUUUGGAGAAAAUAGGAUACCUUUUGAUCUUUAGAGCCAGUGUGUAGUCAUAGUUUUCACACACUUGCGUGUUUGACGGUGUGCAGAGUAUGAUUGUGCUGCAUGUCAAAGUUAACCUGUGUUUUUGAGGUGGCCAUUUAUGGUUUUCUUUUUGAAUGGAACCACUUUUUUCCCAAAAGGCUUUUUUCUUUUUGUUCUCGAACCGCUCUCAAAUACAGUACAGAUCACCACGCCAUGUUUGUUUGUUCCAUCUGAAACAACUUUGCUCAUAAACUACAACUCCCGAUCAUUAUUGUGGCACAUUCGUGACAGUCUGGAGUUUUGUUGGUUGCUCGUCUAAAGCAGUUACGACCACGCUAGUAUUCCUUAUCAAAUGUGUUGGAUGUUGAUUCUUUUUUGAAUAAUGGUUUGAACGGAUCCCUUUUAUCCAAUCACUGUUAUUUAUAAUAAAAGUGUUCAUGUUACAAUAACUCAUAACCCAUAUCUGAGUUUAAUAAACGCUCAAAGAGGUUUGUCCGUAUCACUGCAGGAGCGCAGAUUUAACACUGUCCUCUUUAUGACAUACAAUGUUCUGAACAUCGCUUCUACGCAGAAGACUCUUUGCAAUUAUAACAUCCACAGAUUCACCGUCUUACCACUGGAUAACUAAACAUGUGUUUCCACGACUCACAAGCUCACAAGUUUCAUUUAAAGACAAACUGGAUUACAUAUAACAAUUAUAAUUAUAACUGUAUCCAGAAGUACAAAGAUGGCAAUCAGAACAAACCCACAACCCAGGGGAAAAAAACAUCAUUUAUUUGUGAAGACAUCUGGGUUUAAUAUCAAAAGAUUAUAAGACCAGACUUCACAUAGUAUUGGAGCUUACAUUUAAAAACCCACUUUUGUAAGUCAGAUCACUUUAAGAUGAACAGAAUACAUUUAAGUAAAUAUAGUUUUCCCACCUUGUUUUGUUAUUAUUGUUAAUUAUCUAAGACUCUGAUUGGCUGGCUAAUCACGUUAAUGCAAAGUGCAAACGUGUCAUCUGCAGUAUGCUCGGUGUUAAAGGGUUAAAUAUCAAGUUUUAUCUCCAAUUUACAACAUGCAAUAACUCAAAGCAUGUUUAAAUCCCACUCAGAUUUAUGUCGUACAAUUAAAGAAGAGAUCAGUUAACCGUUGUUUUUUUUUAUGACGACAACAAUAACAUUGACAUUUUAAUAAUGUUCCUGAUCAUAAAAGCCGCUAUUAUGUGGAGAGUGAUUUCUCCUCAGUGCACCUGUAUUUUUUUCCAGGACAUCCCAAAUUGUCGUAUCGAUUGUGACCAAUGUUUGUACACAGCUCUGGUCGAUUUUUAUUUUUUUUUCACCCUCUCUUCUCUCAGAUUCAAAAGAGCCUGCUUUUCUCCCGUAGAAAGGUCCGCGUUCUCCGCGUCGGUUUAUCCUUUUAAACCAACAAGUUCAGUCUUCACAGGAGAAACUCAAGGCUAAAUCCUGGAAUGGACUUUCAGAGAUAUUUUCAUCUGUAAACAAUCAAUGUGGAAUGUAAGAAACACCUGUAGUUACAGUCUGUGGACCAAUAGUUUUGUUCACUUGCAAAAAUAAUACAAGAAAAAGUAUGAGUUAUAACUAUUUGAACCGAAACUCAAAUGUCUUGAGCAUACAACAAAAACAAAGGGAUUAGUCUCGCUUUUAAGUUCUUAUGGAGAGUCUAAUCCCAGUUUUGAUUGUAAUGUGACUUUGGAUGGGUUUAUACGAUCACCUGUACCUUUGUAAGUACGAAUCGUCAAGAGAAGGACGCUGGGCUCAUUUAAAGACAAUGUGCAAACAAUGCUGGGAUUACACUGCAGGAUUAGGGACUCAGUGGGUAUGCUGAGUCUGUUUGAACAGUCCAGCUUGAGUUAUCGAGUCGUCUUAAUUGUGUUGUAUUCUGAUUAUCUAAUCCCCCCCCCCCCCCACCCGCCCUCACACGCUGUAUAAAUCCUCCGGAGCCCAGAUGGCCAGAUGCCACAGUACAUACUGCAGGAUUAAUCACAGUUUGCACUGCAUCGUAAUCAUUGACUGAAGUGUGUCACUUAGUACUCGUGAUCUGGACUCGUCUACCAGCGACUGCCUGCACUGCACUGUAAUGCUGCUGGGGCAGAUUAUACAGUUGAUGCAGCAGCAGCAGCAGCAGCAGCAGCAGCUCUGGGCCUGAGAGUAACCUUUAGCCCUGAACACACUCACGACUAAAGCAUCUAAGGCUGCGUGACCUUCCUCGUGAAAGUUCAGCAAAAAAAGUCAUGUAGUCACGUACGAGCUGAACACACACACACACACACCUGCAGAGCUCACUCACUCACCACGGAGACAAAAAAAAAAAUUAUAUUUAAGAUGAUUUUGAAUUCUCAUGCCAUCACCUUUGACCUUUCAAUCAACCAUUUCAAAGUCUUUUCUUUGAGUGCACUUAGCACAAGCUGUUUUAAGUGAGUCUGGGAGGAGUUUGCGUACUGUACUGAAUGUGCCUUUAAAGUAUUCCGUCAAACAUAUCCAACCUUUAUCCACAACUGAAGCUCAAACUCAUGGGUUGGUUUUAUUUUCUCUCGUCUCCUUUUUUGCCUGCUUUGCCACUGGCUGUGAAUAACAAGAGACCAGUCGGCACAGAAACAAACAACAGAACUCUGCAUUGGUCACAGAUAAUAAAUAACUACUGUACAUUUAUUUGUGCUUGUUUUAAAGUGGGUCAUGAAACAGUUUGGUUUUACAGUGAUUGUGACACCUAAGCAUAUAAUACAAAUAAAAUACUGACUUAAACAUAUA